AUCAACAAAAUGUCCCAAACAAACAACAUUUCCCAUUUCAGAAUUCAGACAACAAAGCCAAUUUAGUUCAAACCCACCCAAAAAAAAAAAAAAAAAGUCUUCUCUCUCUCCCUCUCUUGGCGAAAAUGUCAGACGGAGCGUUGACCAUCGUAGACGGGACUCAGCUGAGAGCGGCGGACUUGACGGUGGUAGCAGCGGAAGACGACGCCGAUUUGAUGACCGGAGCUAAGGUGUUGGAGCUGGCGGAAUCAAGAGCCUCCUCCGCUCUCUUCGGUCUCUCAUUACCCCAAACUCUCAAGUCCUCCGCUCUCCAAAGCAUCAAUCUCAACGAUGAAGACGACGUCGUCUCGUUUCGCCAAACCCAUCUCUCAUCUGAUCAAGCUUCCCUCAAGCUCAACCACUACCUCGCCGCCAUCGCUGACCAACUUAAAGAUACAUGCUUGUGUGCAAAACUUUGGUCAGAUGAUCCGCUUGUUAUAUCGAUAUUGGAUGGGAAUAUUCUCCGAUUGUUUUUGGACGACGAGGAUGACUUUGCAAUGAUAGCAGAGGACUUAUUCACAGACUUGGAUGCAGAAGAUAAGGGAAAGAUCAGCAAGAAUGAGAUACGAAAUGCACUUGUCCACAUGGGAGUUGAAAUGGGCGUUCCUCCUUUCUCAGAAUUUCCUCUGCUAAAUGAUAUCUUGAGGAAACAUGGGGCUGAGGGAGAAGAAGAAUUGGGCCAAGCACAAUUUGCACAAUUGCUCCAGCCUGUUCUUCAAGAACUAGCAGAAGUGUUGGCUGAAAAGCCCAUUGUUGUCAUCCAGAAUAUCAAGGUUAUUAAUGGCUCUAAGCUAAAAAAGCUUUUGGAUGAUGAGAAGGAAUUAAACAACAUCGUUGACAAGAUAUGGGAGGAAAAGCAUGGUGGAAAAGAUGGUUUAGCAAGUGUUGAAUUAAUCAGGGGCUUCCUUGAGAGAAAUGGGACUGGGUUGGGCUUGCCACCAUCAGAAGCCAAUGAGGCAGUGGUUCUUCUUUAUGAUGCAGUGUUUGCUGAUGUGAAGGAUGGAAAAAUAGAUGUGGAAGUAGAGAAGGAUGAACUUGGAAAACGUGUGAAGGAGAUCCUUAAUAAAUUUGCUGAGCUGCUCGAAGCUAAUCCCGUUUUUCAUGACACUAAUCAUUGAGUUUGAGGCAGAGACACAGUCGUUACCCGGCAUAUCAGAUUCUCUAGUUUUCAGAGCUUCUUCCUGCUAAUGAAGCAUUACAUAUCACCAGUUUUCUAAAGUUUGUAUGUACCCCUUACAGCAACCUAUCAACUAAAAGUGCACUGUAACCUCAUUCUAUAUUGGUGGUGUUGGUUGAUAACAUGUUUCAAAUGAUUUAAACAAUAUAUAUGAGGCCCUUGAGCGGCUGCAUGGGUAUAUAUACCUAUGUUAUAGAAAACAUAAACAAGUUUUUAAUAUAGAUUAAACAGGAAAAGAAGGGUUUUUUGAUCCA